CUCUGUCUUCCAAAAGCUCGAACACGCAGGCUGGCAGCCUGAGCCUGAGCACACGCAGCCUUGCACCCUCUUUCCAGCAUCCUUCCCUCUCUCCUCCGCCACCUCCAGCCGACCAGAUCCAGAGAGCCCUUGUCCGCAGGGGAAAGCCCUCAGCACCUUUCAAUGCUCCACCGCAUCGCUCCACAGCUGCCCGACCGCCUCCGUGCUGGCGGGGAGUAGCCGGUCACGGCGUUAACUCCUCCCAGGGCUGGAGGGCAACCAUGUGAUUUUUUUACGACUGCUCUCUAGGACAGUGUUUGCUCCGCUCCCGGCCACCAUUGCUUCCUUCCGAGCGUCCUUCCAAGGCAGGACCGCAGCUCCUGCCAGCAGUGCCAGGGGCCAGGUUUUGGGGAGCAAUGACAGAAGUAAAGAGAGAGAUGUUCGGGCAGAUGCCCCAGGAGGAUGGAGGAGGAGUGGUGAAGUUCAUCUUAAAGUCGGACAGCGUGAAAGUGGAGAUCCUGUCCUUAGGAUGUAUAAUCACCGCUCUGGAGAUGAAAGGCAGGGAUGAGGAGUUUUCAGAUGUUGUCCUAGGCUCUGACACUUUGGAAGGUUACACGAGGAAGCACCCCUUCUUUGGCGCUGUCGUGGGGUGUGUUGCCAACAGGAUUGCAAAGGGGAGAUUCAUUGUGGAUGGGAAGGAGUAUCAGCUGUUCCUCAACAAUGGGCCCAACAGCCUGCAUGGAGGAGCCAGGGGGUUUGACAAGGUUUUGUGGAGCCCCCAGGUCCUUCCAAAUGGCAUCUGCUUCUUCCGGCUGAGCCUUGAUGGUGAGGAAGUAGUCUGGGUGACCUACAUGCUCAGUGGUGGGGAGCUGACCAUCAACUAUCGAGUCCAGACCAGCAAGGCGACACCCAUCAACCUGACAAACCAUGCAUACUUCAACCUUGUAGGGCAGGGCUCACGGGAUAUCUACAACCACGAGAUUUCUAUUGAAGCAGAUUCCUACCUGCCUGUGGAUGACACCAAGGUCCCCACUGGUGGGUUGGUCGCUGUGCAGGGCACUGGCUUUGAUCUCCGGCAGCUUGUGGAGCUGGGGAAGAACUUGCAGAAGUUUCACCUGGAUGGCUUCGACCACAACUUCUGCCUGCAACAGGCAGAGGCUCGACGCCUCAUGGACAGGGCUCACCACCCACCUACUGGCAGGACCAUGGAGGUUCACAGCACCCAGCCUGGCAUCCAGUUUUACACCGGCAAUAACCUGGAUGGGUCCCUGAAGGGCAAAGGUGCUGUCACAUACCCCAGGCACUCGGCUUUCUGCCUGGAAACCCAGAAUGAUGCUGUCAACAAGCCCCACUUACCCAACACCAUACUCUGGCCAGACAAGGAAUACAACCAUACCACAUGGCUUGUGUUCAGUGCUGCUUAAGGAAAGGGGAUGCUGACUCCUAUCAUCGAGAGAGGUAGCUGUAGAGGGUGAUGAG